UUCGGCCAACAAAUUAGUGAGGCUUAAGGAGAACGGGAAACCUCUCGUGCCCUGAUCGGCCCAAUAAAAAGGGAGGCCGGUGGUCUAUCUUAUACGUGUGAAAUUAAACUCAUGAAUCCGCUAAUAAAUUCCGAUUUAAAUUGGGCGCUUAGGUGAUCGAAGGCCGGCGACCUCGAUCUACAUCGUCGGCGACCUCCAUCCACCACUGACGACACCGGAUCAUCACCGGAUAUCAACCUCCGGUGAUCUGCUACCACUCCUGCUACCGACGCGACAACACCAACCGGUCAAGAUCCUUAAUGGCUUCACCGAACAAGGUUACUCACUUUCACUGCUUAACCUUCUCUUGCACCCAACUUAGGCCUCAACUCUAUCUCCAGACUUCGCUUCAUUAAAACCGCCGUGUCAGUGUCACCGCCGGUGCCAUCAUUUAGUACACGUCAUUAGCUUCCUAAUCUCAUCUCUACUGCUCAUGUGCACCUGGGUGUGCGUAUAAAGCCUGGCCGGAUGCCAUCAUCUAGAGACUACGCCCUGCUCUCGAUCCCCUCCCUGUCUGGGCUGGGCUGGGCUGGGCUCUGCUCUGCUCGCUCGGCGCCAAGGAAGCGGAAGAGGACGGCGGAGGGGUUAGCGACCAUUCCGAUCGAGGCAAAUUAAGCUUUCGUCCCGGGGAAGCAAAGGCCAACCUCAAGCUCGAUCUUGGGGCCAAGUGGAAGCUUUGAUCCAAGUCCUUCGAGGUGCUAGCACAAGGCCCCUGCUUGGAUAUCAUCUUGUUAUCCGAGGAUGUUGCACAAAAGAUGGCAGGGAUGCAUGUUUUUCAUCGUCUUCCUUCUCCGCAAUGCAUCAGCCAUGAUCCCUUCAGAAAAUUCCCCGUCAGAAUUCGCCAAGAUUGUUCAGUCUAAGCAGACCAAGCAAGCUCGCGUAUGCGGAGCGGAACCCCAGCUGCUGAGCUCCCUGGCAGAAACCGAUGCAGAGGUCAUGCUCACCAUCCCCAACGAGCAGCUGGAGCGCAUCGCCAAGUUCCAGGAGGAAGCCGACCUCUGGGUCGUCACCAACGUCGCACGGUUCCUCCCGGCGAUCAAGAUCACGCACGUCCUGGCCGGCGACGACGUGCUGAUCAACUCCCCGGGCAACGCAUACUUCCUGGUCCCGGCGAUGAUCAAGCUCCGCUCCGCCCUCGCCGCCGCGGGCCUCGACGGCCGCGUCAAGGUGUCGAGCGUGCUGUCCGUGGCUGCGCUGGUCGCUCCGGCGUGGUCCGACGUCGUGGGGCACGUGCUGCGGUUCUUGAAGGGGACCGGCUCGCCUCUGUUCCUCAAGUCCCGCCCGUCGGAGUCCACCAAUGCCAAUGUCGACGGCGCGAUGCGCGCGCUGGGCGUCUCGGGCGUCCCGGUGAUCCCGGGUGAGCUCGGAGCCCGCGGCGAAAUGGCGGUGUACUACUACAGCUACUACCCGCGCGGUCGUGAUGAUCAGCCUGGCAGCGAAGGAGGCAAGCGGCGGUCGCUGGCGACGGGGACGUUCUGCGUGGCGUUGCAGAACGCGGACCCGACGGCGCUGCAGGCGGGGCUCGACUGGGCGUGCGGGCCGGGCCACGCCGACUGCUCAGCGAUCCAGCCCGGCGGGCCCUGCUACAAGCAGAACAACCUGGCGGCGCUGGCAUCCUACGCCUACAACGACUACUAUCGGAAGAUGGCCAGCACCGGCGCGACAUGCUCGUUCAACGGCACCGCCACCACCACCACCAACGAUCCCAGCUCUGGAUCAUGCGUCUUCGCGGGAAGCUCGAUGGCGGGAGGCUCCAACUCGAGCGUGCCGGUAGGCGCGAGCCCCCCGACCAGCCUCGCCCCUCCGGCGGGCUUCGCUCCUCCGGUCGGCUCCAGCCCUCCGUCGUCCGACUUCAGCCCCCCCACGUUCGGCACGGCCCCUCCGACUGGCUUCGCCCCGCCGGGGAGCUUCAACGGCAGCGGCACGUUCGGUGGGGGACCGAGCGGCACGCUCUACCCUUAUAACGGCGGGUGCCGCGGCGCCGUGUCUCGUGCCGGCCUGAGUGCUCUGUCCGCCGUUGCGCUCGCCGUUCUUCUCGUGUCCAUGGAUGUGAUGUGAAUUAUCAACGUAGAUAUCUGUAUUAGCUCUAGAGACUAGAGAGAGCCCUUGUUGCUGUUAGUGAUUAUACAGGGAUUAAUGACAAACGCAUAUUAUGUUCUUGUUAAUUGAUCAUGUAGAUGUCAGGUCGGAUCUGUGUUAUUUAGAAUCGUAUAUAUGGAGGGAGUAUCAUUAUGUUUGA